GUGGCCAUGCCUCCCUUUGGGGAAACCCAGGCUUUAUCAAGGGCUGGAGGGACGACUCUGGGGACAAGCAGCCAUGGGACUGAGAUGCGGGACGAAGGCCACCAAGUGCCAGCUGCUGGUGACCAGCCUCUGUGUCAUGCUGCUGGGGUUGUCCAUUGCCACGCUGAGCACAGUCACCCACUAUGGGCCACAUUUCACCCUCAUCAGAGACAUCUCCCUGGAGAGCAACUCUUACAGAGUCAUCCACCACACAGCUUUCUACUUUGGGAUCUGCAUCAGCAUGACCCUGAUCCUCGCAGCCCUGCUGGGCUCUGUCGCCAUGGUGCGGGAAUCGCAAAGCCUCACUGCCAUGGGAUUUUUCUGUUUUGCUCUGGCCUUCUGCGGAUUGGUCCCAGCUGCCUGCUGGAGAUACACGCACAGCACGGAGGUGGAAGAGAGCAUGAUGGAUGUGUAUGAUCUUGUGUAUGAGGAGGUGAGGAGGAAUGCCUCCAGCUUCAGGAGGCACGAGCUGACUGCCAUCCACAAAGCAUUCCUGUGCUGUGGGAAGCAUUCUCCGUUUGGGGACACAACCAACAUUGACAGCAAGACAUGCCCACCUGGCCAGGCAAAUGAUGCCGGACAGGACUGCCUCCGAGAGAUCCAGUUCUUCCUGAAGAAGCACAUGGACUUUGUCACCACACUCCUGGGCAUCACCAUUGGCUUCACGGUUUAUGGAAUGAUCUUGACUUCAUUCCUCUGGUUCUCCAUCCACUUCAGCAGCAACCUGGAUAGGAAAGGAAAAUACAUUCUGCGAGAGAGGUAGAAACCCAUCACCUGGGCAUCCCCACCAGGCAGAGCCAGAUUUUGCACAGGAAGAUGUCUGAAGUCACACACAGAAUCCCCUGGGAAGGCUUUACAUGGGUUCAGGCAGUGGGGUGUGUGUGUCAUGCAUUUCCCCUUCCUGCACUACUAGCUGUUGUGUGUUUCUGAGCUGGUCAGAGCAGAUGGUGCUCUGAGGAGGGGCAGUGCCACACCUUCACCAAAAAUGAACAAGGCCUGAGACACACUGGAGGACUGAGAAACUGGAGCAGGUUGCCCAGAGAAGCUGUGGCUGCCCCAUCCCUGGCAGUGUUCAAGGCCAGGUUGGAUGGGGCUUGGUGCAACCUGGUCAAGUGGAAGGUGUCCCUGCCAGUGGCAGCGUGGUUAGAACGAGAUGAACUUUAAGGUCACUUCCAACCCAGACUGUUCUGUGAUUCUAUGAUGCACCUAGGCUUGGAGAUGCAGAUCAGCUCACCAGGAGACAUAGGGGCUGUAGCUCCACAAACAGGACACAAAGAGCUCCUUAAGACAAAGAUGGAGAGAAAAGCCCAGCAAAAAUCACAGCAUUAAACCAAACUUCUCUUGUGCUGUCAUCUGAGCAUUCCCUGUGACCCCCAAAGAUGUGAUAUUUCUAGGAAGAUGGCUUUGGAUCACAGCCUGGGAUAAUCUUGGACUAUUGGCAAAUAUAUGGACACAAGGUGUGUCACUGGUGAUGGGAAAUGUGUUCUUGUAGCUUGGAUGCUCAUAUUGAUUGACUUUGGGCAUGUUUCUGAGCAUGCUCAAGUAUGUAGGAAGCCAAUGACUGUCAGCUGUUUUUCCCCUGUUUUCAAAUAUUGCCAGACUUACACCAGCUACCAGCUUUUGGUAGAGAUCAGGAAAAAAAUCAGAAAAACAGUGCAUGAGCUUUGAAACAAAUAACCAGCAAACAGACACUCUUAUUCCUCUUUAUUAAUGCAAUACACCAUGAUUUUUUAAUUCCUAGCACGUAGUCAACCUCCUAGAGCUUGAUGCCACACUGUUUUCACAGGGGCUUGUUCAACUUCUAUCCUUAGCUCUGUGUUUAUCUAGCUUCACUAACCCACAACACUGCUGUGCAAUACAAAAGGACUUUGAUAUUACACAUACAUGCAGGUCUGAAGUUUAAAUCUAUAAAAGAACAGGACUGAUCUUCAGCCAGGUCAAACAAUACAAUGUCCAACUCCAUGUCCUCUCUUUACAUCAUCACCUUAUCAAUAAUAAACAGAAAUUUUAAAAGCCUCCAUCAGCACUCAGUCUAGCUCAAGUGGUGGCUCCCUGGUGUGCUUUGCCCUCAUUGCAAGGAGGCAGAGCCACCUCUGAGCUGAAACUCAUCAUUGCAAUAGAUUUAGCACGUGCUGGAAAACCUGCUGUAAACUGUAUGGCUAUGUGCAAUGUCUUGAACCAACAACAGCUUUCACCCCUCUCCUUUGUUGUGGCUUUUAGCCAUGAGAAACAGUAAGUAGCAAUUGUUUAUUGAGAUAAAUGUGGAAAUCCCUGUGAUGGAGUUCAGGACAGGUCCUGUCCCUCAGGCAGGAGCUGCUACACAUACAAGAAUAGCAGUACAGCGUACAGCACCGGGCUAGUAUUUUAACAUGGCUGCAAUUACCUUGUGUUGGAAGGAAUUGUGCUGGGGGGGAGGCUAUCAUUCCUUGUUCCGCUCUUCUGGAACCAGUGGAGCUUCACCGUUGACUUCACUGUAAAAAGCAUCAAGUUCAAACUGCUCCAGAAUGUUACUCAAACUACCUUGUAGCAGUCACCAACACACCCCAGUCUAGCAGGGACUUAGAGGUUAUAUACACUUGCCAACAUACCCACAUUCUAUUUUAUUUCUCUCCAGUGCCAGACAAUCUCCCUUGUGAGCUCCAGCUGCUAUUGUCCAGGCCACCACUAUUGUUAUUCCUUAGCCCAGCUGGCAGCUUGUGUGACUCAUGGUUGCUUCAAUAAAGAUGAAUUUCUUGCAGAAGGCCAUCAUUCCUUCUCUUUUUCUGCUGUGCACGAGGCUGCCUGCAUUGCUCAGGGUUUGCGUCAUGCAGAGCCCUCAGUAAUUCUUUCAGUGCUGGGAAGAGAUAUUCCCCAGGCAGCUGGUGCUCGCCUGCCCCAGCAGCAUGCCUUAGCACCCAAGAGCGAGAGGAUGGCAUUGGUCCUUUGGAGGAAAAUGAGCUCUUCACCAGCCUGAUCCUGCCCUUGGCUAGCUGCUGGCGCAGCAGGCAGGUGCUUUAUGAGGACUAAUGCAAGCAGAGGCAGGAAAAAAGCUUAAGGACCCAAGCAAUUGAGACUGGAGUAUUUAUAUAAAAGAAAUCUCUACAGUUUCACCUUUUUAAACACUGUGUAGUCAGCUCUUGCUCAUCACUCUGUGUUGGCUGGACACCUGAUGAUAUUCUACACUGGAAAUCAAGCAAAUCAGUGUAGUCUGUGUUACUGGUGUGGGUUACCUGCUUAAGCCGUAUCAACAAGGAGAAGAAAUCUUUGUUAAAGCUUCACCACCAGGUCUGCCAAAAGCUUUAGGUGUUGAGAUCACUAUAGACAGGCAUAGCAUACAUAUGAUAAAGUAAACCUGGAAGGCUAUUGUAUCCCCCUCCCUCAGCUCUCUCUUCCCUUGAAUUGUUUAUGAUCAGUAAAAUGUCACCAGAAGCAGCAGACAGACACCUCUCUAGCAGUGACCAUGUAAUGGUGUGUGUGCAUAGCUGCUGUUUUUACACCUCUGUAAUGAUUUCUGGUGCUUGCGGCAGGGAUGAGAACGCAACCUGCACCAAACCAUCUCACAAAGGGAAUAAUGAACCUGGAGAGUUGUUGGUUCUUCUUCCCAGGCAUCAGCAGACUGGGAGCAUGCAAUUUUUGUCCCAGGGAGCUGGAAGUUCCCUUUCUUCUUCUGACACCCAACUAGCUGGCCAUCUCAUGAUCUCUAUUGCCAUUCCACCCACCACUGGAGUUCCCUAGCAAGGAGCAGCGCUUUUAAUGAGCAGCCACCUGGCCAGACACACUCUCCUACCAGAGCUCGUGCUGUGUGUAGCACAGAAAAUGGCAUCCUGCUGUCGUUUUAAGGAGCAGGAAUGUGGAUAUCUUCAACUUCUUUGUUUUUAGAAACCUAGUGCAGAAGAGUGCAGUUACCCUUUUGUUUGCAGCUGUAGAAAUGGCAGCACCCAUGGGAUGGCUGGAGGGGUGCUGCGAAGCUGGGGUGAGGGGAGGGGGAGUUGAACAGGUUUCUUUACACCUCUGCCAACAAAAAAUCCCUGUCCUGCAGUCAAUGUGCUUGCACUCUUUAGUCCUUAAAUUGCUGCUUGCUAUGGGCAAAUUAUAGCUCUUGUGCAGCCAGAGCAAAACUCCAGGAACCUCUUGGUAAGUAUUGCCGAGAUUGACCCAGUGUUGAGAAGAGUGAGAGAGGUUUUACUGGGAUAAGGGCUUGGAAGCAAGCAGAGGGGAUGCAAAGCCAGCAGCCAGGCUAGGAAACACCUGCAGAGCCAGUGAGCCUUACUAGGGCUUGCAGAAGCAGAAGCUGGUUGUUACAAGCAUGUCAACACUCAAACUCUGGUAGGGAAAAAAUCCCUAUUUAUGUAGGCAUAUGCAGGAAGAGAAAAAAAAAACAA